CCGCGGCUGCUUUGUUGCCUCUGGGCCGCCGGCACCAUGCACACUCAGGGCUCCGCGGGCCCGGGCGACGCGCGUGCGGUGGACAUCAUGGACAUCUGUGAGUCAAUCCUGGAGAGGAAAAGGCAUGAUAGUGAAAGGUCUACAUGCAGUAUCUUGGAGCAGAAUGACAUCGAAGCAGUUGAGGCUCUUGUUUGCAUGAGCUCCUGGGGUCAAAGAUCCCAGAAAGGUGACCUGUUAAAGAUAAGACCCCUCACACCUGUCUCUGACCCUGGGGACGUCACCAGCACUGUGCAUGUGGACACAGCCACACCUGAGCUACCAAAGGACUUCGACUCUUUAUCGACUCUGUGCAUGACUCCUCCUCAGAGCCCUGAUCUUGUGGAGCCAUCGACAGGGACGCCUGUUCCUUCCCAAGUAACUGAUUCCAAAGCAUGCACGGUCAAGACCAUCACCCCAGCUUCUGCUGGGGCAGCCAAAGUGCUGAGCAGGAAGGCGGAGAGGGGCCUUCCGGAUCUGAAGACAGAGUCACUGGAGCCAGCCUCCAGUAACCCCUGCAGGCCCAUGGUGACAAGUGUCAUCCGCCACACAGGGGAGAGCCCUGCUUCUGGUCAGAUGCCUACUGCCCAGAUUCCAGAAUGCCAACUUUCUGUCGACAGAGAAGGAGAAGCACAGUUUCUGGGACAUCCUGAAGCUUCGCCGGGCACACAGCUCACAGACAGUCUACCGAACGCUAACUCAGUGUCGUGUCAGCCUUGCUUGCACAAGUCUGGUGGCCUGGUCCCCGUUGACAAAGGCCAGCAGACAGGGUGGCCUGUCGCAAUUCAAACCUGCUCACCAAAGAAUUAUGAAAGUGACUUGCCAAGGAAAGCAACUCCUCUGAUUUCUGUCCCUGUCCCCAGUUCCCCUGUCUUUUGCCAAAUGAUCCCUGUGACUGGACAGAGUGGCAUGUUCUCAGCUUUUCUGAAACCUCCUCCCCAAGUGUCUGCAGGGACUGUCAAACCCAUCCUUCCCCAUGCUGCUGCAGUGCCCCAGCCUGUGUUCGUGGGACCGCCUGUGCCUCAGGGAGCUGUGAUGCUGGUCCUACCCCAGGCGGCCCUCCCCCAGCCUGCCACCUCGGCGUCCAGUGUCGUGGCUGUGGGGAAUAGCAAGUUCUUGCCCCUCGCCCCUGCCCCGGUGUUCAUUGCCUCCGGUCAAAACUGUGCCCCUCAGGUAGACUUUUCCCGAAGGAGAAAUUAUGCUUGCAACUUCCCAGGUUGCCGGAAAACCUACUUCAAAAGUUCCCACCUCAAGGCUCAUCUUCGCACCCACACAGGAGAGAAGCCUUUUAACUGUAACUGGGACGGCUGUGAUAAAAAAUUUGCUCGAUCCGACGAACUGUCUCGCCACCGGCGAACUCACACCGGGGAGAAGAAGUUCGCGUGCCCCGCGUGCGAGCGGCGCUUCAUGCGCAGCGACCACCUGACCAAGCACGCCCGGCGCCACGUGACCACCCGGAAGGCCCCGGGCUGGCAGGCGGAGGUGGGCCGGCUCAGCGCGCUCGCCUCGGCCGAGAAGCCGGGGGCCCCGGGGGCCGUGCCGGCCUCCGCCUGAGAGCUCGGCCGGGGAGCUGCCCGGCAGCUGGAGGAGGCGUUUUUCAGGAUUGGAACUG